UUUAAGGCAAAGAGAGAGAAAGAGAGAGAGAGAGAGCUUCCAUCCACUGAAGCACAGUUCACUAUGAUCGUACUCGCAUUCAGCACUGGAAGUCGGUUGGAUUUCGUGUCUCAGUCCAGGGUGUUUUUCUUGCAAACCUUCGUUUGGAUUUUAUGUGCUACAGUGUGCAAAGCGGAGCAGUAUUUCAAUGUGGAGGUAUGGUUACAAAAGUAUGGCUACCUUCCACCAACUGACCCCCGAAUGUCGGUGUUGCGCUCUGCAGAAACCAUGCAAUCAGCUAUAGCUGCCAUGCAGCAGUUCUAUGGCAUUAAUAUGACAGGAAAAGUGGACAGGAACACAAUUGACUGGAUGAAGAAGCCUCGAUGUGGUGUGCCUGACCAAACAAGAGGUAGCUCCAAAUUUAACAUUCGUCGGAAACGUUAUGCGUUAACAGGACAGAAAUGGCAACACAAACAUAUCACUUACAGCAUAAAGAACGUCACUCCAAAAGUAGGUGAUGCUGAAACUCGUAAAGCCAUUCGCCGUGCCUUCGAUGUGUGGCAGAAUGUAACUCCUCUAACAUUUGAAGAAGUUCCUUAUAUUGAAUUAGAAAAUGGCAAGAGGGACGUGGAUAUUACAAUCAUUUUUGCAUCAGGUUUUCAUGGAGACAGUUCUCCCUUUGAUGGGGAGGGAGGAUUUUUGGCUCAUGCAUAUUUCCCUGGGCCAGGAAUUGGGGGAGACACUCAUUUUGACUCAGAUGAGCCAUGGACUUUGGGAAAUCCCAAUCAUGACGGAAAUGAUCUGUUUCUAGUUGCAGUGCAUGAACUGGGACAUGCUCUGGGCUUGGAGCACUCUAAUGAUCCCACUGCAAUCAUGGCUCCAUUUUACCAGUAUAUGGAAACUGACAACUUCAAACUACCUAAUGAUGAUUUACAAGGCAUCCAGAAGAUAUACGGUCCACCUGACAGGAUCCCACCACCAACAAGACCUCUGCCAACAGUGCCCCCACAUCGUUCAAUCCCUCCAGCAGACCCGCGGAAGAAUGACAGGCAACCUAAACCUCCCCGGCCACCCACUGGUGACAAACCUUCCUAUCCUGGAGCCAAGCCUAACAUCUGUGAUGGGAACUUCAACACUCUGGCUAUUCUUCGCCGGGAAAUGUUUGUUUUCAAGGAUCAGUGGUUUUGGCGAGUCAGAAACAACAGGGUGAUGGAUGGAUACCCCAUGCAGAUUACCUACUUCUGGAGGGGACUGCCUCCCAGCAUUGAUGCAGUUUAUGAAAACAGUGAGGGGAAUUUUGUCUUCUUUAAAGGUAACAAGUUCUGGGUUUUCAAGGACACUACUCUCCAGCCAGGUUAUCCUCAUGAUUUGAUAACACUUGGAAGCGGAAUUCCUUCCCAUGGCAUUGAUUCAGCAAUUUGGUGGGAAGAUGUUGGGAAAACUUACUUCUUCAAAGGAGAUAGGUACUGGAGGUACAGUGAAGAAAUGAGAUCCAUGGACCCUGGUUAUCCCAAACCAAUCACAAUUUGGAAAGGUAUCCCAGAAUCUCCUCAGGGAGCCUUUGUCCACAAAGAAAAUGGCUUCACAUAUUUCUACAAAGGAAAAGAGUACUGGAAAUUCAAUAACCAGAUGCUCAGGGUGGAACCUGGCUAUCCCAGAUCCAUCCUCAAGGAUUUUAUGGGUUGUGAUGGACCAACAGAUCGAGAUAAAGACCGACACAGCCCUCAAGAUGACGUUGACAUUGUCAUCAAACUGGACAACACAGCCAGCACUGUGAAAGCCAUAGCCAUCGUCAUUCCCUGCAUCCUGGCCUUGUGCCUCCUUGUCUUGGUUUACACUGUGUUCCAGUUCAAAAGGAAAGGAACACCCCGCCACAUACUGUACUGCAAACGCUCUAUGCAAGAGUGGGUGUGAUGUAGGGUUUUGGUUUUUUUCUUUCCCUCCCAGGAGUUUGUGGUAACUUGAGAUUCAACACAAGAGCUGUUAUGCAGUUUCCUAGCUAGGAGCGGGCAUCUGUCAGUCUGAAACAAAGCUGAUCUUUAAAACCCAGGGGGUUGCCUGUCCUGCGCAUGAGUGGCGAUUCGCUCGGCUGGGAAGCUUCCAUGAUACACAGUAUCUGCUGUUUCUUCAGUCCUUUGUCUUUCUUUGUCAUUCGAUUCUAGGCCUUUCCUCUGCACGCUGAAUGCCCUAUAAACUAUCAGGAUUAACUAACCAAGAGGAAAAAAAAAAUCUCCAAUGUUUCUACAUUUUUCCAGUAAGGCCUGUUCCCCUUUGAAAAAUUUUUUGCUGAAAGUAAAUUUUUUUAGAUAAACACAACAACCCACAGUGGAACUUUCAGGAAAGUGAGAAGACCCAAAACAGCUUUGUCUCCAAAGAGGAUUGCUUUCUGUCUGCUAUGGAUAAAGUCCUAUACUCCUACCUCCAGUUUUGUCAGGUGGGAGACUUGGAUGACACGCAGGACUUCAGACUGUUCGGACAGCCAUUUUCCAACAAACAAGGGGCCAAAAUAUCUGCAAUAUAGUAACAGCCUUAAUAAUACAUUCAUUUUGUGUUUUUUACAGCUGCUCUGGGCUACGUCCUCAAUGUUUUAAACUCAUUUAUAUUCAUUACUAUAUUCAAGCAGAACCUCUUUAUUGGUUUGUUUGAUUUUUGGUUGGUUUUCCUGCAUAAUCUUUCCCAAGCUGUACCAAGCCAACUGCCCCAGGCCUUUCAUAGGUCUGUCAAGAGCACUCAUUCCAAAGCAUGGUAAAAAGCAGUGUGUCUCUGAAGUGGAUUUCAAUGAACUAAAGCAACAGUCAUGCUAUAGAGAAACUUGACGUUGGUAUUACAUUGGUGGUAUAACCCUUUGAGAACUAUUGCAUCCCUUUUCAGAGUCUGGUGGAUGUUAAUCUUGGUUGUCAUUAAAUCACAGGACUGUGUUUGGGUAAUACAGGUUUUAAAAGAAAAUCAGUUUUUCAAAACAGAUUUCCUGUGACUGCAAGUGAGUGUUUUUAAUUAUUUGCAUUAUUGAUAGAAAAGCAUUUGUAGCAUAAAUAGAAAACAAAAUAUAUUUACCAGCUACUUUCUGGUUAAAGGAACCAAACCUAUUUUAAUAACUUCUACCACUUACCAAGAAUUUUUCUGAACAGGCGACAGUUUUAUAGCUUAGCCUCUUAUCUUAAGCAUCUUGAACUUCUCUUUUAAACUAUGUUGCAUGAUAAUUCAAUUUGCCUCUGCAGAGGUAGAGUUACGGUUUCAAAGGAAAGCUAAAACAAUGAUUCUGAUGUUGCAUGAGUAUCCUCCGGUGUGUUACCCCUCUGCAUGUUCUCCAUAGUUCUCAAAGGGUUAGUCAAAUUUCUGGCCUUCAGCCGAACAUGAUAUCACUGACAGAGCCAAGGGACCACCAAAGCAUUUUGUCAUUCUGUGUAAUUUGUGCUAACAGCAGUAUUGUCAUUUUCAUGUGACCUGCAGAGCAGGUUUGUAUCAAUAUUUUUUUCCUAGAGAAAAGUCAGCAACUGACAGACCUCUUUAUUGAUUUUAGGAGCUGCUUCUUGCAGUGAUAGGCUUUACAGUCACUAGGCUGUGAACUUAUUAAAGAUGGUCAGAAUGAUGCACCCCAAAAGUCAGACACCUGGUUUUUUAUGAAAGCCAGGAUACGAGGGGAGUAGCUUUUGCAACAAUGAACAGCUUGCCUUGAACUUGAUUAUUGACCUGUUGACUGUCAUUACCAAGUUAAACAUUGUCUUCUGUGAACAGCUUCACUGUCUGAAUUUCCUUAAAGUGUACUGUCCUAUGUCUUUGAUCUUUGACCUUUAACUUGCAAACUGGCACAAACUGAAAGGAAUCUGGUGUUGCAAAUGAACUAAGAUGAGUUUUAUUUCUUAAAAGGCCAGACAUACAUAAUCCAAAAUUUGAGAAAAAAACGUUGAAGUGUUUUCAUAGAAAAGAACUGACAUAAACUAAACUAUUUAUGAUAGAUCUGUAGAAGGGUAUUUGGCUAUGUAUACAUGCACACUCUAAAAAUGAAAUACAGUAGAAGGUAAUUUUUAUUUAACUUGAAUACAAUUUUCAGUAUAAAAUUAUCAUUUCUACAAAUAGCUAGUUAUUAAUG